GCCGCCCCGGCGGGCGUCGGAGCGCUUGGCAGGGGCCGGUGGUCGCCAUGUCGGCGCUGGCCCUGGAGGAGCUGUCGGCUCUGACGGCUAUUUACUGCCAGCCGGAUGAGUGCGCGGUGCUAGCGGUGUCAGGAGACAGAUAAUGAACCUGCCCUAUAUAAAGAUUUGGACUAAAUCUUCUGAGAUGCUGGGGAUAGAGUUUUAAUUAAGGCAGGUUGCCAGCUUCUGAACAACCUUAUUGUGAGAUAGCCAUGUCAUCUGGACCCACAGCCUUAAACUGCAGGUUAAUCACUAGGGAGACUGAAGUCAAUUCUCCACUCUCCUGCUGACUAUAUGAGAGGAGCAGUGGCACUCGACCUCGAAGACCUGGAGAAUGGUUUCAUCACUGGUGAUGUUGCAGUGGUCACUUGGUCUCAGGGUGAGAUACUUGGGAGCUGUGCAGGAUGAUCUCAGGGAGGCUCUCAGCUGUGGAAUUCCCUAUCAGCAUAGACAGGGAACCAAGGUGAGCACACCGGACCAACCCAGAACCCCGAACUCUCGACCAGGAACCAUCGCCAGGAACCCAGAGCCACUGCUCAUGAACUCGCCAUCAGGAACACCUCUGUCAAGGAUAGGAUCAGGAAUGAUGAUAACCCAGCUCUCACUCCUCACCAUCAAGCCAUCAGUCAAGAAACAUCUUAUGGGGAGAAAAUCUGAUGUGAAGAGCAGACAAGGUCACCUGUUGCUUGUAGAUUGACAAUGUGGAAACACGUACAGCACAGGCAACAGCACUGCAAUUCACCUACCUCACCAGGAUGUUUCGCCCUUCAACUGGAACCACCAUCUGUACAGUAGGAAGGUGGUUUUAGAUUCCGUUCAGUCCUUGAUUUUCAUGCUGAGAAUGCCAACAGUGUAACUGACUAGUGCCAAUUGUGGUGGCUUUUGUGAAGUGGAUCCCUGUCAGCUGUGUACUGGGUCAUGGCCUCUAGCUCACUUUGCAUAGGACACCAAACAGCCAUCUGAUGGUGAAGACUCACCAAGGACAUCUACAGUGCAAUUUAAUGUGUAACUGAGGCUUGGAUAUAUCUGCCUGUGCUGGCUUGAAUCUAGGUAGCUCUGAUAACAAGAGCAGUGAAGACAUGGCAGCACAAACCUCAGUGCAGGCUAGCCUCCUAAGUACAUACCUGGGGUCCCUGGCAGGCUUGUACUUGGGUGGCUACCCUGUGCUGAAGCUUGCGCCACCAUGUUUUCACUGCCCUUGUUACAUGAGCUACCUUGAUUAAAGCUAGCACAGGUAGGCAUAACUUGACAUUACACCUUAAAUUGCAGUGUAGGCAUACCCUUAGAUGCUACUGCCCAGGGCUCGAUUUAAAUUGAUGUCCUAGAACUCAGAGGCUUUAUGUUUGAUUUCCAAGCACUUGAACUCUCCAGUACCUCAAUAAGAACUAAUUUGAAAACACUUGCAUCCCUUCUUAAGUUUCUCUAAAGACACACCAGUGCCUCCUAGAAAGGGGCAUGAAGCUUAUAGCUAAUUGACUUUUAGAGAUGAACAUCUGACCAAUCUAAACUGUAAUCUCUGCAUUACAUUUUCUCCAGAGUUCUGGGCAUUUUGUUAAACUUUUUAAAGGCAGAAAUGUGUAAAAUAUCUCACACAAUUAUUGGAAAUAAUUUUAUGGCUCUUCACCACUUUUCCUGGGUUAUUGUUUGCUCCUAUCUUCCUAGAGAAGUUGCUAAGCUACAGUAAGAUGGUAGGUGACAAAUUCUUCAUGUAGUGAUCAAGGCAUACAGUAAUGGUGACCCUUUGGUUAGGCAGAAAGUUACUGCCAAAUAACAGGUGGUUUUCACUGUGUGUGUGUGUGUGUUCAGAGAACUCCUUUCAUCACUGUAAUCUUUGGUUGUUGCUGAAGGCAGACAUGGUUGAGAUGAGUAAGCUUUAUAGGGAAGUAAACAAAAGAAAACUAAAGGAACAUAAAAUUUAUGCUUGUAAAAUAAGAUGGGUCUCCUCUGUUUAUUCAGACAGAGAUGUCAGAUUAUAUGCAAGAAUGUUGAGAAGCCACCUGUAAAACCAAUCCCACUUCUAACCUAGAAAAUGGACAGACUGUCUCCUGGUGACAGAGACCUUCUGACAGUAUCAGAGUAUGUGAAACUGAAGGCUUCCUGUAUCUCCUUUGCUGAAAACAAAAUUGGAUUUAUACUGUCACUCUCCUUCACCAGUGCUUUCUGGUUUCUUCUCUGUUUUAUUUUCAACUCAUUACUACACUCUUUUCAUUUUUGGAAUUUUCCUAUGUGAAAGUCUGUACUACAAGCUCCAGAGGACACAGCUGGGAUUGGAUAUAUUUGUCAUGUCCGUGGAAGUAAGAUUUUUGGUUACAUUAAUCCACACCUAAAUUAAUAUUGCAUUUAUUUGAUAACCCACAAAUUCUGCAUUUGAGGGGAAUGUGUUUGUACAUAAUCUCUGUCUACAGUUGCAAGAUCAUGUCCAAAACUUGCCUUUUCUUCCUGCAUAGUAUCUCUAAGAUCUAUCCUUUUCUCUUUGUCCAGAGAGCUAUAAAAUUUUCUCUUGUCCCAUCUUGAUAACUUUCUUUUCUGACACCUUUCUAAUGCCCACAGUGUCCUGCUCCAGUCUGUACAAAAUGCUGAAACCAAGAUUUUCUCCCUUACCCAUGAAUUUGACCACAGUAGCUGCUCUUUGAAUCCCUGCACUGUUUUCCCAGCUUUUAUCUUCCCAACCCUAUCCUGUAUUCAGCUAGUCCGAGGAUGCCAGCUUCAUCACUCUGCUUAUCACCUUUUCCCACAACUGUUUCUACACUUCCUUCUACACGGCCCCUCUACGCAUGGAAGGCCUUGCCUGUGCUGGUCUGCAGAUCCACUACCUGCUCUUCUCUUAAAUCCUCCUUGGAGACCCACUUCUUUUUGUGAGGCCGGCAAGAAAUUUGCCAGUUAAAUUUCCUACUUAUUCAUCCUACAUAUUUAGGAAAAAAUGUGCCAAAAACUCUCCUCCAUAGUGUACACUAAUAUUGCUGAGUUAAUAUGUAACCUUAAUGUUGCUUCUGGUCAUUCUUCCUAAUGUCUUGUUGUUAUCCUCACUGUUGUAUCCAAAAUUUGUUUGUAAGCUCUUGAGUAAGGGAUCUUGUCUUUCCAUCUGUCCUGGGAGGUGCCUAGCACAUGCUUGGGUAAAGUUAAGAAAUAUUUUCUCAGGGAAACUUUGGCCACAAGAACUUUUCUUCUUCCUCCUCACCCCCCAAAAGGCAAUAGGAUCUAUCUGGAGUCACCUAAAACUGGAAAUGAGGUCCUACGGCUCAUUAGAGUAGGAGCAAUAGAGUAAGGAGAAGGCUCCGGUGGUGGUCGGGUUUCCCUUAGUUUGAGUUCAGUGAUAUUUAGUAUAUCUAGUAAACGUCUAGGAGUUAGUUCAUAUCCAUCUUCUGUGAAUCAAGCGCAGAGUUUGGUUCUUGAACCCCAUACACAGAUUGAACAAUCCAUGCUUUGCACAACCCUAACUGUAACCUCUCUUGAUUCCUGAUCUCAGAUUGUACAAUGAUUUCAACACUAGGUUUUUGCAAUCUAAUAUUUUCUCUACUAGAUCUCAACAUAAGGCCUUGAACCUUUCUAAUGGAGCCUUCAGGCUUUCAGUUUAAAGUGAUAAUUUUUAAUAAAAGCCUGCCAACAUAUAAAAUCAGACUGCCUAUGAAAUUCUGAUUGUCAUUUAAAAUCCACUGAAACUUUGCUUUAUUAGCAGUAAACUCCUUUUGGACAUCUGUAACAUGCCACAUUUGGCCAAACUGAAUAAGGCACAGCACAAGGCUGGGCAACAAUGUGAUCAAUUUCAGAAAUGAUUAGUAUUUGCUGAAAAAUUACCAAUAUUACAAAGCUUUGUCUAUAGCACCAAGUAAAGACUAGGGUUGGCUCAACCACUUCAGAGGUAGCAGACCUGAUUCUGAUCUUUGCUUAUUCUUUGAAACAAACCCAAAUCAAACAAUUUUUGUGGCUCAAAAAGUUAAUUUAGUUCAAGUAUUUAUCAUUCUGCUAGGUUGUUUGGGAGAAGAGGUACUGAGCUACUGUGAGAGGAUGCUCUCCUACAAGAGCUGAAAUGCUGUGUGAAAAGCUGCUUUUACGAGAUUCCCAGGCCUUCAUGGAAGUACAGUUACAUAUGUUCUCACAAGUUCUCAUGAGUGUUUCACUCCAGCUUUGUUCUGACCACAGACUCUAGAAGUUCACAUACAAUAAGCAUCCAGAUCUCAGUUAUCUGAACCAAAUUUCUUGAGGUUUGUCCAUCACUGGUGAAGAUGCUUAAAGUUACACUACAAUCCAAAUUAUUUCCCCCCAAAAGUUCCCAUAGUCGAUUGUCCAGUCUGCAAUUAGGGAAGUACCAUGACCACUUCUGCUAUGUAUAGUAAAUAAACAGUCCCUAAAAUGAAACUGAUACAAAUCCAAUGAUGAGAAGUGAAGGAGUUAAAAAUUCCAGUAAAUGAGCUCUCGAUGAAAUUGAACUACGUUGGUGCAGAGUCUCUGAAUUCUAUUAGUUUUGACAACCUCAGUUAUUCUCGUGCGUCUCAUCAUCUGUAAAGCUAACAAGGGCUGAUAAGAGAUGAUGAGGCACCACACCGGUUUGUAUUUCAGAAUUCAUAAAUAUUUCACAAUACCAUUUUCUUACAAUCAGAUACAUUAGUUUGUCGAGUAUAGAUGUUGCUGAAUAUUCACUCUGUGCUGAGGUUUAACAAAGGCACUGCAAGGAUAAACAUUUUUAAAUCAGCAGAAAUAAGCCAUGAGUUGGUGCUACAUAUUCCACAGUUAUUUGCUUUCAAAUGCAUGUUCUAAUUUUAGUAAAAUUGUUGAAUUUUGACCUCUAGGAGCUGCUGCUGUCUUGCUUGUAAAUAUACUGUUAUGCUUCAUAGCUGCCACCCUCUGCCCAUCCCCCACCGAUUGGUUUCUUUUUUUAUUUUUUGAGCUACUUCAAAAUUUUACACUAUAGUCAGAUACCCAAGGGUGAAUUUAAUUUGGAACAAACCUUGGUCUUGACAUCACAAAUUUUAUUAGGGGAUCAAACAAUGCAACAUACAAUUUUCUCAGGCUGCACUUCAUCUAGAGAUACUUGAGAUUCUAAAAAUUAAGUAAAUUGGCUGAAUGUUUGAAGUAAAAAAAUUAUAUGAAGUACAGUGUGGCCAAACUCUCCCCAAAGUAGCAGUUAUUCUUUUUCCUGCUAUAAUAAGAUGGAGCACACAAAUAUCACUUGAUUAACAGCUGCACUGUUAAUUUCCCUUUUUGGUUGCUUGACUCACAGCAAGAAUCAUGUCAAUGCAGCAGAGAAGCAAUUAAAUUGAUUUUAAUCUUUGUCAGAGAAGAUAACAUGCCUCUUUCUUUUCUCAUUUAAAUAAUUAAAGUUUCAGCAGGUAUUAUUUCUGGCUUUAAAGAAAUUGGUAUCUUAAUGUAAUAGAAUCCUUGUAAUUAUACACUUAAUGAUUCUUAAGAAGUUAAUCAUGGUUGUUCAUUUAAAUGUGUGUGUAUAUGUAUAUAUUAUUUAUUAAACUUUUAUUUGCUUUGGUGGUUAUGCUUUUCAGAGGGUGGAACAUAUAAAAAGUGAAAUUCUAAAAAAAAUCCUUUCUCCUUCUCAUUUCUUAUAUUUUGCCUUUCGAAUUUUUAUUUUAAGCAAUAUUGUCACACUUCAACAAAUGUUUGAAAAAUCUUUUAUUAAACCAAUUCUCAUUAAGAGGAAGAUGAAGCGUUUAGUUGUCUCGCUACAAUGAAUUACUUUGGUGAAAAAAAUUCAUAUCAUGAGGAAAAAACAAAUAUUUUUGUAUCAGUGCCAUCGUGCAAACUAAACUUCAUUAGGAGCACAGUAAAUACAGUUGCACCCUUUUGACCCGAGUGGCUAGUCACACUUGGUGCUCUAGGGAGGGUUCCAGGUGGGAGCAGAAACAAUGCCCAGUGGAAUCUGCCAUCUACAUGUUGCUAGUUUCUGGGCAGACUCAGUUAUGCUUUAUUUUAGGUGCGGUGCUUUAACUGUCCCUCACAACUAUCUUAAAUGAAGGGUGCAUUCACACAUAAUUUUCAACAAGGUUUCAAUUCAACCCAUAACAAGGUUUAACCCAGCUCAAACAAUAUUGUUACCCUUUUUGGCCUGAGUGGUUAGCCAAUAUUUGAGUGCGGGCAGGUUGUUUACAUUAGUAGGAGAAAUUGAUGAUGGAGUCAGGGUAGUCUAUUCAUGCAGUCCUGUUAAUUUACAAAGAGUGUACAUAAAGUCUUGUUUCCCUUAACACAGUAGGAAUCAAACAGAAAGAAGUUUUUGUUCACAUUUCCAAGCCUGACUUCCCAGCCAGUCCCAAAAGCUUUCUUUC